AUGACGCCAUCAGCGCUCGCCAGACUCCGCUGUUCUCCACAUGUGUUGUUACAGUAGUGUUGUGAUCUGAAGUCGCUGGUUACAGGUUUAUUCUCCGUCAGUAUCAUCAUGUCUUGCCGCAGACCUGAGCACAUGGCUCCUCCAGAGGUGUACUAUAAUGAAGAGGAGGCCAAGAAGUACUCCCAGAACUCCCGGAUAAUGCAGAUCCAGACUCAGAUGUCGGAGCGAGCGGUGGAGCUGCUCAGUCUGCCGGAGGAUCAGGCCUGUUAUCUGCUGGAUGUGGGCUGUGGAUCUGGACUCAGUGGAGAUCAUUUAUCUGAGGUCGGACACUACUGGGUCGGGGUGGACAUCAGCACAGCCAUGCUGGACGUGGCGCUGCGGCGGGAGGUGGAGGGAGAUCUGGUGCUGGCAGACAUGGGUCAGGGAAUGCCCUUCAGACCGGGCACGUUCGACGGCUGUGUGAGUAUUUCAGCGCUGCAGUGGCUGUGUAACGCAGAUAAGAAAACACACAUUCCCCCGAAGAGACUGUACCGCUUCUUCAGCUCGCUGUACUCCACACUGGCGAGAGGAGCGCGCGCCGUCUUCCAGAUUUACCCUGAGAACUCAGAGCAGCUGGAGCUGAUAACGGCUCAGGGCAUGAAAGCCGGGUUCACAGGCGGUUUGGUCGUGGACUAUCCCAACAGCAGCAAAGCCAAAAAAUUUUUCCUGUGUUUAUUUGCUGGUGUAUCAGGUGUUUUACCCAAGGGUUUAGAGUCGGAGGCGACUGACAGAGGUGUGUCGAGUCAGGCUCAGUUUACAGCGCAGAGGUCCCGGUUCAAAAAUAUGAAAGGAAAGUCAGUGAAGAAGAGCAAGGACUGGAUCGUGGAGAAGAAGGAAAGACGGCGCCGGCAGGGGAGGGAUGUAAGAGCCGACACGAAAUACACCGGGCGUCACAGGAGACCUCACUUCUGACCCUCAGCGGCUUCAUAUGAUCCACUCACACACUGACCAAUCAGAGGGAA